UUAAUUCCUUCCAAAGAGAUCCUGUGGUCGGAAAGAGAACGGGACAAGAGUCGUCGACCAGCGUUCUUGGGAUAGGCUAGGCUCCGUGUCCGCUCUUAAUUACUAUUAAUUCCUUCCAAAGAUAAUCUGGAGGCGGCUGCUAUGGCUCUGCCCGUGCUAAUCUUGCUCCAGCUCCUAUGGUCUGCACCGCCUUCCUCAUCCAAAUUCCUUGGUCCAUCCGCGCUCGAAGCCGACGCGGUCGGUUGCGGUUGGAUCCCCUACCCUUUCGGCGUCAACGGCUCUUCUUUCCGACGAGCUUUUGAGCUCACCUGCGACCCCAGGGAGGGUGGCUCCGUCACGCUUCCUCUGGGCUCCACCAACCUCAAAGUUCUCAACAUCUCUUUGAAGGAAGGCUACAUCCGUGCGGUCCUCGAGGGGUUCAGCUGGCGCUGCGCCCGUGAUUCCACCGAGGACGACCAAAACGUCCAAAAGGGGCUUGACCUGGAAGGAACUCCGUUCACCUUCUCCGAUGCGAGGAAUAAGUUCACGGUGAUCGGGUGCGAUGCCAUGGCCAUAAUCAAUGUCUCGGCCCGCCACUCGACCGGUUGCGUGUCAUUCUGCAUCACGCCGGAGAGCGUGAUCGACGGGUCGUGCUCGGGGGUGGGGUGCUGCCAGGCCUCCAUUCCCAAGGGGCUCAAGAGGUUCCAGAUGCAGUUCUUGAGCAUCAGGAAUCUGACGCACAGUCUUGUCGGGCCUCCAGUCUCAUCAAAGGGCUCAAGAGGUUAUGGGCAGUUCUACAACAACUCGCGGCUUCCAUCAGAAGAAACCACCACCGAGCGGUGCACCAAGGCCUUCGUGCUGGAGCAGGGUCAGUUCAGUUUCUCGGCGAGCGAGAUCAGAAGGGACAUUAACCUAGCGGAAUGGCACACAACGGCGUCCGUAAUCCUCGACUGGGCGAUUGGCAACGAGACUUGCGAAGAGGUUCGUAGAAGGAACGUCACGGACUGCGCAUGCAAGGAGAAUAGCUUGUGCUACGACGUGCCGAAUCGUGCUGGUUAUCGCUGCACAUGCCAGAAGGGCUAUGACGGGAAUCCUUAUUCUCCAGGUGGAUGCAAAGACAUUGACGAAUGCACUGACGGCAGCAACCCAUGCGUCGGGAGGUGCAAAAACACGGAUGGUGGGUUCCUCUGCCCCUGCCCGCUCGGAACUAGCGGUGACGGUAAGAGGAUGGGGACUCGCUGCAAAAGGACCACUCCUCUCGUAAUUGGUCUCGGUGUGGGGCUAGGUCUAUUAAUUAUACUAGUCGUUGGAAGCUUGGGAGCAUACCGGGAAUUAAAGAAGAGGAAGAUUGCCGAACUCAAACAAGAGCACUUUCUGAGAAAUGGUGGCUUGUUAUUGCAACAGCACAUCUCUACUCGUGAAGUCAGUCCCAGGAUCUUCAGUAUAGCAGAAAUAGAAAGGGCAACCGAUGGCUUUGCUGAGAAUCGCGUUGUUGGGAGAGGUGGAUAUGGUACCGUUUACAAAGGAAUUUUGUCAGAUGAGAGCGUUGUGGCCAUUAAGAAGUCCAAACUGGUGGAUGAGAGCCAAAUUGAGCAGUUCAUUAAUGAGGUAGUUGUUCUUUCUAAGAUCAACCAUGAGAAUGUAGUUAAGCUUUUGGGCUGUUGCUUAGAAUCCCAAGUGCCCAUGCUAGUUUAUGAAUUCAUACCCAAUGGAACCCUCUUCCAUCACAUACACAACAGCCGCUCUUCUUCUUCAAUGUCAUGGGAGAAUCGUCUGAGAAUCGCUACAGAAACGGCUGGGGCACUUGCCUAUUUACACUACAAAGCCCCCAUACCAAUCAUUCAUAGAGAUGUCAAGUCCCCCAACAUACUCCUAGAUGAGAACUAUACUGCAAAAGUCUCAGAUUUUGGAGCUUCAAGGUUGGUCCCAUUUGAUCGAAGUCAUGUGACCACUCUUGUUCAAGGGACACUAGGCUACUUGGACCCCGAGUACUUCUACACUAGCCAGCUGACGGAAAAGAGCGAUGUCUAUAGUUUUGGGGUAGUUCUUGUGGAGCUCUUGACCACAGAGAAACCUGUAUCUUUUCGCAGGUCGGAAAGGGAGAGGAAUCUUGCAUCACAUUUUGUUACGUUGCUAGAAGAGAAUCGCCUCCUCGAAGAGGUGGACUAUAAGUUGGUAAGGGAGGCUGGUCGGCGGCACCUACUCGCGGUCGCACAGCUUGCCAUGAGAUGCUUGAUUCUGAAAGGUGAAGAGAGACCGACGAUGAGAGAAGUGGCUGUGGAGCUUGGUGCACUGAGAAGGCUCAUGAUGAAGCAGCGAUCAGAACAACAGAGCGAGGUGGGGGACCCCUCCGUGGAAAAGCCUUUAAAUGUGAACGACUUUGAAAGCACAAGACCACACAGUAUGGAGUGCCAUUUGCUAUCACCCAUGGAUACCCCCGUAUGAUUAAUUUUGUGUCAUCUGAAGCAGAGGCCAGCUAGGACAUGGUAUAACACAUGAUAGUCAUAUCUUGCAUGUGUAAUGGUUAUAGAGUAUCUAAGAUUAACCACACAAUGGGGCUAUAUAUAUACAUAUUUUUUCAUUUUCCAAGAACUGUCUUGUAACUUCACUUUAUAAAAUUUGGUAAGUCUUUAUCUCUUUCCAA